UACCCUGGCCUCUGCUCCUGCUGACCUGGGAUCUGUCGCAAAUCUCCGCUCUGGCAAACUUUCCUCUUUCCCACUGGACAAACUAAUAUCAGUUGUUUUUUUACCAUAACAUACAGACAUUUUUGUCAGUGCCUCAGGAAGAGGACGAUAAAACUGCUCGUGUUUUCCCAGAUGGAAACAAUGAAGUCAUGCUGCUGUUCUCCAGGGGAUCUCCUGGGAGAACCACGGACCAACGAUCCACAUCCUGAAAAAGUAGCUUACAUUGUUGUUCCACAAGAAGAAGCUUAAGGCUAAAAAUGUUAAACUGCAAAAAAAAAAAAAAGCUUUGCAGUGGUAUAGUAGGACAAAACUAAAACAUAAAAAUCGUCAGAGUAAAUGUAUUUCAAUCCAUUUAACUUUGUUUAGAAACGACUCUGGCUUCCCUUACAAACCUGAUCUAAUUAGGUGGAGAUGGAGUUGAUGGGUAAAAUUUUUUAACAAAAUAAUUUCAGUCAUAGUAUCCUCUCACAAAGAGAGAAAAAAUCUAGAUGCCCCCUGCAGGCCAUAGACAGAAAUUAACAUUCACUUAUGAGAAUGCCAUCAAUAAUACAUUAUCAUAGAUUAGAUGGAUUUGGACCACAAGUCACUGCUUCAAGGGCCACAGUAAGUCACCGUGGCCCCACUUGGAAGUUCACUGACCCGCACUAACUCCUCCACCUCUCCUCUUCUAAACAAACGCAUCCGUCAUCCAGGCGGCGUCGCUGGUUGGUCGCCUCUCCUUCUUUCUGAGCCAACCAGCAGCUCCAUUGGUCGGUCUCUGUCUUGAAUGAAGAGCCGCACGAAGAGACGCUCCGCUGCCGCCGCAGGGAGAAGCUGAAGCACAGCGACACAAGACAAGAGCAGCGGGCUGCUGCUGCUGUGGUGGUGGUCGGACCCCGGGCAUCUGUCGAGCACAGGACACUGACUCUCUGCCGGAGAGUGGAUGAGGUUGAUGCUGCUCUGCUGCACGUGGAAGGACGAACAAAUGGGAGAGGAGGAAGCUGGAGGAAGUUUGCCGGUGUGUGCGGGAUGCAAACAGAGGAUCUAUGAUGAGCAGUAUCUCCAAGCGCUCAACUCGGACUGGCACACGGUCUGCUUCAGAUGCUGUCGGUGCAGUGCGUCACUGUCACACUGGUACUAUGAAAAGGAUGGACAGCUCUUCUGUAAGAAGGACUACUGGGCCAAAUAUGGGGAACUGUGCCACGGCUGCAACGACCCAAUCAGCACCGGCCUCAUCAUGGUUGCCGGGGAGCAUAAGUAUCAUCCUGAAUGUUUCAGCUGCCUGAGGUGCAGAUCGUUCAUCGGUGAUGGAGACACGUACGCCCUGGUGGAGAGAUCCAAUCUUUACUGUGGUCACUGCUACUACCAGACCAUCGUCUCACCAGUGCCGCUACCCGACUCGCCAUGUUCCAAAAUCCCUCACACCGUCACACUGGUGUCCAUCCCGGCCUCGGCCGACGGCAACAACGGACGCAGGGGGCGUGGUUUUUCAGUGGCCAUUGAUCAACCGCUCAGUCCGACCAACUGCUUCAGCCCAGAUCUCGGUCGCACCAUCAGAGUCUCACAAGUGGACCCCGACUGCAUUAGUCCUGAUGUGAAGAAUUCCAUUCAUGUGGGAGAUAGGAUCCUGGAAAUUAAUGGAACUCCAGUUCACAACGUUCCUCUGGACGAGAUCGACCUGCUGAUCCAGGAGACGAGCCGGCUGCUGCAGCUCACCAUCGAACACGACCCUCACAGUCACGGGCUGGAGGGAGGUCACUUAGAGACUGGAGGACAGGUGGACGGACCCCUGUCCCCCCCUCUGACUGAUGGGCCCAGCCCCAUCCUCCCCAUCACCCAGGCCCCCAACCCUGACAUCAGCAGCCUCAAGUCUCGCAUCAUCACGCGGAGCUACAGCACUGAGAAGUCGCCAGACACCAGCAACGCCGCUUCACCCAUCUCCCAGAGGAAAGACAUAAACCGCUCAGAAUCACUGCGUGUCGUUUCCAACAGAACACAUCGCAUCUUCCGUCCGUCUGACCUCAUCCACGGAGAGGUGCUGGGAAAAGGCUGCUUUGGACAAGCCAUCAAGGUGACGCACAGGGAGACAGGGGAGGUGAUGGUGAUGAAGGAGUUGAUUCGCUUUGACGAUGAGACACAGAAAACCUUUUUAAAAGAGGUGAAGGUCAUGCGUUGCCUGGAUCAUCCUAAUGUGCUCAAGUUCAUUGGAGUCCUGUACAAAGACAAGAGACUGAACUUCAUCGCAGAGUACAUCAAAGGAGGAACUCUGAGGGAGAUCAUCAAAAAGAUGGACAGCAAUUAUCCCUGGAACCAACGAGUCAGUUUUGCCAAGGACAUAGCUGCAGGGAUGUCGUAUCUGCAUUCCAUGAACAUAAUCCACCGGGACUUGAACUCACACAACUGUCUAGUCCGAGAGGACAACACAGUGGUGGUGGCAGACUUCGGACUGGCCCGGCUCAUGAUCGAUGACAAGCACGAGGAGCUGUCACAGGGCAAACUGGCCGGGCUGAAGAGACCGGAUCGCAGGAAGAGGUACACGGUGGUGGGAAACCCUUACUGGAUGGCUCCGGAGAUGAUCCACGGGAAGAGCUACGACGAGAGAGUAGACAUCUUCUCCUUUGGCAUCAUGCUCUGUGAGAUCAUUGGCAGAGUGAAUGCAGACCCAGACUAUCUCCCCCGGGCCAUGGACUUUGGACUGAAUGUGUCUGGCUUCCUGGAGCACUAUUGUCCUCCAGAUUGUCCUCCUGCCUUCUUCCCUGUGGCUGCUGUGUGCUGUGACCUGGACGCAGACAAACGCCCUGCUUUCACUAAGCUGGAGGAGUGGCUGGAGAACCUGAAGAUGCACUUGGACAUCGCUCUGCCCCUGAUGUCUGAGCUGGACAUGUUGCACAAAGCAUUCUGGGAAAACCACAGCAUGCUGCGUGCUGAAAACGGCCUGCACACACACCCUGAGCAGCCAGAGUAGGGCCCACUGCAACAAAAAACGCUGGGAGUGAGAGAACGCUCCAGCGAGACAGCGCCCCCUGUGUCAGGUGGUGCAGUAUUCAUGCCCCUCAAUGUUUGAACCAAUGAACUCAGGCUGAAUCCAGGAAAAAGUGGAAACGAAAAGCCAGAGUUUUUAACUAUAACAGUAUUUUUUCUGCAAUCACAGCUUGAAUGCAAAAAUGAAUUGCAACAAAACCAACCUAUAACUAUGAUUCUAGAAUCAUUUCCGUUUAAUAAUACCUGAUGAGGAGCUCACACACUACGUUAAGUUGUUUCUCUCUAAGUCUUAACCUCAUUAGUUUGGUUCUAAAUGUGAAUUACUACAAAUACUAAACCAGUUCAGUUCAGUCGUGUGCACUGAGCUCAGAUCCCGACCUGUGUCGGCAUGUUCAGGUCAGACACUUUUCCAGCUUUAAAUAGCUCAAUGUACAGUGCAUGGGUGUAAAUACUGCUGUCAGGUCACGUCCUGCUUCCUGUGACCUCAGACCUCCUCACGUCUGUAUCGCUGCUCCUCCCACCUCCACCUCCACCUCCCUCCUCUAACGUGUAGCACUGGCUCAAGGUACGCAUACUGUAAUAGCUGCUCAUAACUUUGGUACUUUGUCUCUCCAGCUUCUAGAACUGUCGGCGUAAAUCACGUAAGCCCAGUGCUGUAAUAGUAUCACUGUACAUAGUCGGCAUCGUUGUAAAUGUUUUAAAUAGUGUAAAAUGUACAGACAUAUUUUAUAUACUGAGGUUUGGUUGCCAUGUUUUGGCUGUGGAACUGAAAUCAAGCAGAGCCAUAAUUGGACUGCAGUUCUGAAGGGCAGACCACUGACGGUGGCGGCUACGGAAUUUUACUGUAGCACUAAAGAUUUGAGGAACAGCGUCAACAUAAAGCACUGUAAAAUCACACUUCACAGAAACGAUCAGCCCAGCAUUUCCAGGUCAUGUUAAGUCAGACUACUGACAUGACAGUUUAGGGUAACAGACUUGUUCCUAGUAAAGUCACUCAUCUCAUCACUCGACUGUACUUCAGAUGUUUGACCCACUGUUUGUUUACAUGUAAAUGCUGUACCUGUAAAUACCACUGUAUAGACAGUAAACAUGUCUGUCCUCACAUUCUUCUGUGUGCGUUGCAUAAAUACGCGCAAUUCCUUAAAAGUAAUCUCUUCCACCGGUCCUCAUUUCUGUCUCCCUCUCUUCCUCUUUCUGUCUUGCACCUUUCUGAUGUAAGAUUUUCUGCCUUUCAUCCAGUUUUUUAACACUGUUGUUUUUACAAGUCGCAUGGUUAAUGAACUUGGUAGAUGAAUCAAGCUUCUGGAUCGAGCUUUCUUUAGCUCGAAAAUCUUGUAGUUUUGAAUAACAAAACAGAGAAAAUGUGGUGAGAGAAAGACAGACUAAGAGGAAACGGGGAUUAAAAUGAAGCAUUUGUUUAUAUACGUAUACGGUGUAUAUUCACUGAAACCCUUUUGUACAGAUUUAAGUACUUUUAUUUGCACUAUAUUGCUAUAUAUAUUUACUAAAUGGCUACCUGAAGCCAUGUUUGUUAAUUUCCUCUCUCGGGCUACUUGUGAUAAGGAAAUACAUUAUGUCGGUUCAGGUUGAUAUACAUAUGAAUGCAAGACACUGAAAGAGCCUUUCAAUUUAAAAAUGAGAUCUGGAAAAUCCAUCCUCUUGAUAGCAUCCUGCCUCAUUUGGGCAUUCAUUUUCUUCGUGCAUGGUUGAAAAACGAAUGUUGCACAGGUUGAAAUCUGUGCAAAACAGGAGUAAUUUUCAUUAUUCCACUCACGAAUUCUCCCAGAAAACAGGGUUUUUCUUCAUCCUUUUGCCACCAAGAGGAUGUGAUGUCCCAGAUCUGCCUGCUGCCUACAGACUGGUCCUUUGUGAAAGAUGUACUCUGUUGUUAUUGACUGCUUGAUUUCACAUGCGAUGCCCCGGAGGCUUCAACCACGGCUGGCCUCUCUGAUAAUAGAGCACUUAUCCCAGCUUGUCUCACCUCUCUUUCACUUCUUCCUCACUCUCCUUUGGCUCAGGGCCGUAUCUUUCUGGAGCUUACUUCACUGUUUGUUUAAUGCAGCAGCUUAAUUGUGAGACUAAGCAUGCAAACCUACUACUGUCAAAGCCGCUUCUGUGAAACUGUCCCCUCCUGGUGGACGCGUUCUUUCCGUGGGCAUGUGCUGUGAACGAGUCGCUCUGUCACUUUUCUGUCUCCACUCCUGUCCAGCAUGUUUUCUUGUGUCUGUCUGUGAGGAUGGUGAGUCAAUGAGAAUGUCUUUGAAAAAGGAUCGUUACCUCUGAACAAUGCCGUGCCUUUGUUGUAAGCUAGCCUUGCCAACGAUUCGGAAAAAAAAAAUCAUGAACUGAUUCCCUUUUUUAGUGCAUCAUCAGUGCAAACCUGUGGAUUAAAUACCGUUGAUGAUACAGUGUUGUUUGGGUUUUCAUCAUGUUCUGUCAUAUUUAGAUUUCACACGACUCCAUGGUCAACUUUUCAUAUUUUAAUUUUUUUGUUUGUUUGUUUUUUUUUACCCAAGCUGUGAAAACUAUUCUGCACUUUAUUCCUGAACAUGAACAUUUAGACUCUGUGGAAGUGACUGUUUUUUGCCCUUUUGUCAUAGCUAAAAAUAAAACUGUUGCUUCUUAAACAAA